GCGCUAAUCCAUUUUGGUGCUCAAAAUCCAAGAAAGAGAAUGGGAAUUAGCAAUUUUGGAAUGCCACAUUGGUUCGUGUUGACCCUUUUGCUGCUCUUUCGCUCGUGCGAAGGAUUCCACUUCAAUGUAACACGAGUGAUACACGGGGACCGCCGUGACUUAUUUACGAACAUGGAUCCUCUUGGAAAGUGUCCGCGGCGAAAUGACAAUGGAAGGCAGUGGUGUUUGGACAGGAAUGGAGAUUGUAGUAAUCUAGGAUGCUGUAUUUGUAGUUGCACUUAUUCUCAUUCAACAUUUCGAAUGGGUACCUCUCCAAAAACUGCAACUUGUGUAGAAAAUUCUUCUUUUCGAACAUUUGCAAGUAAGGGGUUUCGCAAUAUUUUGCUUUCGACUGUAUUGGCGCUCUUUGUUUUAUUAAAAAAUCCGGUAUGCUUGUGCAUAGAAAAUGUUUAAUAGCACUUAGAAAACGUUGUGAUGGAGGGAAAAGAAUAUUAUAUCUUUGUAAACGAGGUUUUAAGAAUUUCACUUUGCGUGAAGGCGUGUUUGUCGCUGUCGGGAAGAAUGAAAAAUUAUUUUCAGAGGCGAUUUUUAAUUUUUUUAUAAGACUACAUCAACGUGUAUUUUAUUUACCUUUCAUAAUCCACCUAAUAAACGCAUUUCAAGUUCAUUUACUGUAUAUUCAUCUUGGUCUAAUCGAAGACUAUUGCGCAAUGUAAACAUACAUUUCCUUGCCUCUGGACAGCACUCGUCACGCAAAUCUUCCAGAAUUGCGUGACAACCAGAUGUAUCUGUAUAAAGCAUUUCCGUUCUGUACUUUUCCUUUCAAAGGUAGGAAAGCUAAACAUGACGGUAAAAUCAUAGUUUCUUUUCUCUGUUUAGAUUGUUCACUGACAUUUGCAACUAUUCUUAAGUCACAACCUCUUUUGACGCUGAAUCUCAAAGCACAAGGUUCUAAAGGCAUGAAUGGUUCCUUGUCAGAUAAGUGUAAUAUUACAGGCGCUCAGUAUCUUAAGCAGAAUUUAUGGAAGGAUCUCGGCAGGAAAGAGAAAGACACAUUUUACAUUAGACGAAUUCCUAAAUGGCCCUAUACCAACCUUGCGGUAUGUUAUGUUUUGUGUAAUGUUUAA